AUGUUUUUAAAAUUGAAUCCAUUGUUAACAGACAAGAAGAAACGCAACAGAACCCAAAAACGACUCCCUCGCAGAAGGGAACCAAACCAUUUGAGGACUGUCUGCAAGCGCAGUGGUUGUCUUGGGCCCUUUAAAAAGACCCCUCUAAUUGCUAAUGCUGAUGUUCCGCCAAAAGGAUUGAAGAAGCGAGGUAAGGCUGCAAAGAAACCUAGUACAUCAGAGGAUUUCUGGAUCACCAGCACGCAUGAUAUGGACAACAGUGCUGUUCAGUCACAGGGAAGCAUCUCAUCAGCCAGUAUAACCAAUCAGGCUGCAGAUCCUCAUGGAGGUUCAGGCAACCCCACUGAAUUUGUGAAUCAUGGUCUUAUUCUUUGGAAUCAGACUCGUAAAGAUUGGGUAGGAAAUAAAAGGUCUGAGAACAGAACAGAACAGUUGAGAGAACCAAAAGUGAGUUGGAAUGCAACAUAUGAAAGUUUACUGGGUAGCAACAAGCCAUUCCCUCAGCAUAUUCCCCUUGCGGAAAUGGUAGAUUUCCUUGUGGACAUCUGGGAACAAGAGGGUCUGAUUGACUAA